ACGCGGCCAAGCCAGCCGUUGUUAUGGCUAUUGGUGCUAUUAUCAAGCGGCCAAGCCAAGCCAAUCUAAUUCACAUAGCGCGUUUGGUGGGUUUAGUGUGGUGAGGAAAGUAGGUAGAUAGUUCCCAUCCGAAGGAGAAUUAUUCGUUGUGGCGGCACGAGCAGCACGAGUCUCUUACACCGUAUGGGUAUGCAGCAGCACACAGAAAACAAGAACAGCUGCUAAAGUUCAUGCUAGACAACGGGUGCAUUUUUUCGGUUUCGUGAACUGACAUGUGAAUUGUUUGCAUCUGCGUUUCUUCAUCUGUCCCGAGUUGUCAAAGUUAUGACUCUACUGUGCCCCAAAGCGGAUGCCUGCGGCUUUUAGCCGCGAAGAUAAGCAUGGAAGCACGGGUGUUCAUAAACGUAGAUGUCGAACCUUUCUGCACGGAGCUGGUUUUUCCUGUGGGUGUUCCGGCGAACGGUUACGUUCGAAUCAUCUUCGGGAACUUCUCGAAGACUUGCCUGAAAAACAAUAAUGCUAACGAGGAGGCAAACAGUCUCGAUGCUAAUAAUGUUGCAACAGGUGUUAGCGACAAGGUUUUGGUACGAUCCCCGUCUGUCGAUGGAGAACCUGUUUGUACGCUCAGGACCGCCACCCUGCCAGGAGACUUGAAAGAUGACCCGCAGGACAGCGAACAACCCAUUGACGAGAACGGAGCUCCGAAAGAGAUCAUUCCAGAAGAACCGCCAGUCUCGCCGUCGAAAGCCCUGUCCGCGUACGAAUUGUCCAGCAAAGAUCGCCGGAAGCAAAAGAACCCAGUGAAAAUACGGCUACAGAAGUUACCUGCGAAACGUUCGAUAGGCGACAGCGUUCCACCUGGUACACGAAGAUCAGGUCGUAAGCGAAAGCCGGUUAGUGUGCGUUAUACAGACAGCAGUGGUGAUGAGGCGGCGGACGGACUCGACGCAGACGACAACUGGAGUGGCUCCGAUAGCUCCGUAAAAUCGCUCAGACCUGUAAAGCAGCUGCGCGCAAAGAAAGUUUCCAGUUCCGAGAAUGCCACUUCUCAAACUCUUAAAGUGGCGGCACUCAAGAUCAGAGCUUUAAAGCAGCGGUCUAAGGAGAGGAAAGCAGUUAAUAUUUCCGAUCAAACUAUUUACAACUGCGACGUAUGCGAGAAAACAUUUACCUCCAAAUCCAAAUGGUGCAAGCACUCUUGGUGCCACAGGCCAAAGGGAGACCGGCCUUACAAGUGCAACCAUUGUACUCAGGCCUUUGUAAGCAAGAAUGCCAUGGAGAGGCAUCAGUUAAAGCAUGCUAAAGCCAUGCCCUACACGUGUGAAAAGUGCUGCAUUGGUUUCACAACCUCCGAGCAUCUGACUGAGCACUUGCGGGGCCAUAAGGACUACCGGUGUGAAUGCUGCUCUCAACUUUACUUGAGUCGAAGAGGCUUGCGAAAGCACUUGUCUCAGAGCCACAAGAAACCAUCUCUGUGGAAACCAACAGCCCAAGCACCCUCUUUAGAAGGGAAUGCCACAAAGCACGACCAGGAAGCUGGUAGUGUUGAGCACAAGUGUUCCAAAUGUCAAGUUGUGUAUGAACAUGAAGAGGCGUUGGCUGACCACACAAUUGCAGCACAUCCAGAGCAGCAGGUAUUUCCCUGUGACUCGUGCCGCAAGGUGUUUACAGAUCACAGCUUGCUGCUAGCACAUCUACGUAAACACAUGGAGAUCAAAAUGGGGACAGAUCCUAGAGACCAGACUUACCUGUGCAACAUCUGUGACAAGGAGCUCAAGUCUUUGUCCACUCUCCGUGUCCAUGUACAGUCACAUAACAAGGUUCGGUCCUUCAAGUGUGACAUCUGCCAGGAAAAAUAUACCACCCCAGGCAAUCUGCGGAAGCAUAAAAAGAUUCAUGACACUACGCAAAAGUACAAAUGCCCGCAGUGUCCCAAGGAGUUCACCAACAACAAUUAUAUGCUAAAGCACAUCAAGCGUGUGCACACUCGAGACUUCAAGUAUGGCUGCAACUACUGCCCAAAGCGGUUCCAGGAGCAGAAGCGGUUCCAACAGCACAUGGUGCUAAUGCACGCUGGCGAGCUCACUCCAGACGACUAUGACCUAAUGACACUAGUGAAGAAGCUGCAGUGUGGCCAGUGCUCUUUCACCACCUACAGCACCAAGAGCUUCCGACAGCAUGAAGUGACACAUACUGGGAAGUACCCCUACACAUGCAGCGAGUGCAGCAAAGGCUUCACCUUUCGCUUUGAGCUGGCCAAACACGUGCGCUGCAUCCACAAUGCCCAGUCGUUCCGCUGCAACCGCUGCAAGCGCACCUUCACUGCAGAAGAGGUCUACAAGGUUCACAAGGAGCAUCACGACAGGGGCCUCGGCAUGACUUGCCCAGAGUGUGGGAACAUGUAUGAGACACAGGGCCACUAUGAGCAGCACAUGCAGGCCCAUUCCAAGGAGCUUCCCUAUGAAUGUGUUGUCUGCAAGAAGCGCUUUGCCCUGACCCGCUCCCUCAACUUGCAUCGGCUGUCGCACGACAAGCACAAGACUCCUCGAUUCCGGGCAUACAAUGGCAACCGGAAUUGGGACUACUACUGUGAGCUAUGCCAAGUGUACUACAAGUAUGGGUCGAGCUUGGUUGCCCAUCGUGUGUGUGUGCACGGUAACGGCCCACAGACGACCUGCCCCUACUGCGACAAGAAGUUCAACAGCAGGCUGACUCUGUCCAUGCACCUCCGGACGCAUACGCGCGAGCGGCCUAUGCGCUGCAGCUACUGUGGCAAGACCUUUCGUGUGUGGAACAGCCUCAAGCGACAUGUGGUCACCAACCACACCAAGGAUUUCAAGCUCUUCUGUGCACUGUGCAACAAAGGUUUUGUGUCCAAGUCCUACCUCAAAGUGCAUCUCAAGAGUGCGCACAAAGCAGUCAUGGCAGGGUCGGGAAAGCGCAGGCGAUUGCCUCAGGGAGCGUCAGCUGCCAUGGCCACUAUUGUCCGUGUGAAUGCACCCCUUAAGCAGCCCAUCAUCAUCCCAAUGCCAUCUAAGGUGAAACGGACAGCUGGGGGAUUUCCAAUAUUAUCAGCGUGCGGGGUGUCUUUAACGGUGGCUGCUGCUUCGACUAGUGUUCCCAAGGGCCAGGUUACUCAAAUAUUGGAACAGAAGCAGCAGCUUCAGCAGCAGUCUCCGCAAUUGCCACAGCUGCCUCCACCGCAACAGCAGCUAGCACAAGUACAAGCAUCUCAGGUUCAGUCAUCACCAAAGCAACCAUCUCAAGGACAGGCAUCGCAGCAACAUGCAUCUCAUCUACAGCAGUCGCAGCAACCCCAAGUGCCACAGCAGCAGCCGUUGGAAGUUCAAGAGCUACAGUUGCAAGCACCAGGACUGCAAUUGCAACAGCUGCGGCCACAUGACCAGCAAACACAGCAACAGCGGGAGUUCUUUGAAAUGCAGCAAAUUCAGCAUUUGGAAGGAGAAACCUAUUCUCUUAUGUUGCUCUGAAUUAAAACCCAUGGUCAAGACAAAAUGCAGAACAGUUGCACACUGUACAGUUUCCUUGAAUGUGGGAUUCAUGAUUGCUGAGAUUUUAGGGAAAACCCCUGUAGCCACUUAGAGCACUGGACAUGAGUGGAAACUCACAAUGACGUAAUCUUUUGAGGGAGAGAAGGAUCAUCCGGUUCUUCACCAUCUGCUGCCAUUUCAUGGUACCUUUAAAGGGAUGCUGAACCGAAAUCUGGAUUCCACAAAACAUGGCGGCAAAAGCAUGCAACGGGAUUCUACAAACACCAAAAUAUCACGCAUACAGCAAUAUCUUGAACGGAUGACUGUAUUUUUCAAAAAAAGGAGGCGCAUUUGACAGAUUUCUUUACGUCUUGUUUCUCCGAGAAGAAAAGGGAACGGCCUCACGUCUUCUCCGCCUCGCCGCCUUGAGGGGGCGAAGUGAAGAGAGGAGGAAACGAGAUAUAUCUUUACGUCACACUCCUCGUUCAAUCUCAACCUCUUUUUCCAAAAAUACGGCCUUCCAUUCAAGAUAUCGCCUUAUGAGUAGUAUUCUAGCACUCCUUCAGUUUUUUUAAAAUCCAAAUUUCGGUUCACCUCUUUGAAGGAGCGCAUUAUUCGGAGCUGCUCACUUCAGUCAUCUGGCCAAUGAUAAUCAGUCUGUGAACUCUGUUUUGCCCCAGUAGACACCAGGGCAGUAAGUGAUGAGGGACCUCAUUUGCAGGGGGGGAGGGGGUGGAGGGUUAGACAAUUACGUUUGUGGGAUAAAGAAAAUUUUAUUGAUUCGCUUGAUUGACGUUAGAGUUCUUUGGGACCCCUAAGUCUGCAGAUCCUUAAUUGAGAACCACUGCACCAGGGAAUCUGGUGCUUGGGGAACAUCCAGUGACUAUCAAUGCUGGGACUGGCUGUAGUUGAGACUUGUCUAGAGCAACAGGGAUUUUGCAUUUGCUCCGAAUACGGAUUUGAGGUUAGAAUUUGUGCAUUUGAAGUUGGGGUUCAUGCAUAAAAUGUGUCUGUAUUUGCAGUAUUGUGAAAUUGUAAUUUAUUACCUCUUUCCAUCCCUGCUGCAUUCAGCUCACCUAUCCUCAACUCGGUGCCUACUUAUUGAGUUGGUCAUUUCAAUGUGAUGCCCUUACAAAAACAGCAACCACUACCUUUCCUUUCUUGGAGGAGGCUUGUUUCUGUGAACAUAAUAUGCUUAAUAUAUUGUUACUUGAGCCCUGAAUCUGUGAAUAGACAAAUAUUCAUCCGCUUAUUUGUAAGUGAACUUGGAAGUCAUCUCAAGGACCUGUAAGUGGUAUAGUACGUGUGCAUUUUCUACCUCUGAAAUAUGAAGGUUUACUUGUUAGCAUAUGCACAUGUUCAUUGAAAAGUCAUUCAGUCAUAACCGUAACUAUGUCCAUGUUCUAAUUGUGUCUUAGGAACAUGGCUUUGCAUUGUUUCGUACUCGAGCUGUAUGUCACCAGUGCAUGUAGAACAUGAUGUUAACAUUAUUCUCAUGACCUUUCACUUAGUUUCAUGCAGACAAUGCAAUAUCAUAAAGCAUGGGCAGUGCAAGCGAC